CAUACCCUCUUCUAUCAUCUUCUCAUCUCAUCACAUCACUUUUUAUAUCUUCCAUAAACUAAGCUAUAUACAUAUUAUUAGCAUAUAUAUAGUAGCUUCUUUUAUAAUUAUUAGAUAAUAUAGCCUACUAUUUUUAGUUCAUUUUCUUUAUUUCCACUUAUAUUUCUUUUCUUUUUUUUGUGGGUACAACUUAUGAGUACUUUACAAUCAAUAAUAUAGUGUUUUUCAUCCACAUAUAUAGCUGCAAGAGUAUCAUUAUUCAUCAUCAAAAGAGUUUGUUACUUUGUUAUACUUGUAGUAAUAGAUAGCUAGGGUAAAUAAUAACUAGGGUUUGUUAUUUGAAAUAUAUAAGGAAGGGUAGUUUGGGAAUUAGUUAAUCAUCAAUGAGAGGACCUAGUAGCAUUGGUAGCAACUUCAAUCAUAGUAGUAUGGUAAAGAAUGAGAUGAAGGAGAAAACUGUGAAGUGUAAUCAUAAUAAUAAUAAUAGUAAGAGUAGUAAUAAUGAUAGUAAGAAGAAUAAUAUAGUGAAAUUGAGGAAAGGUUUAUGGUCACCAGAAGAAGAUGAAAAACUAAUGAACUAUAUGUUGAGAAAUGGGCAUGGUUGUUGGAGUGACAUUGCUAGGAAUUCCGGCCUUCAAAGAUGUGGUAAGAGCUGCCGCCUUCGCUGGAUUAAUUAUCUCCGUCCUGACCUUAAGCGCGGCGCGUUCUCCCCUCAAGAGGAACACCUUAUUCUACACUUCCAUUCACUUCUUGGUAACAGGUGGUCUCAAAUUGCAGCUCGUCUUCCAGGACGAACUGAUAACGAAAUUAAGAAUUUUUGGAACUCAACCAUUAAGAAAAGAUUGAAACAAAACAACAGCAGCAACAACAACAACAACAUGAUCGUCAACAAUAACAAUUUCAGUGCAUCAUUAGUGGAUGAUCCUAGCUUGCUAAGUGACACAAUCGAUUUAGUGGCACAAAAUCAGCAUCACAACAGCUAUAAUAUAGUGGGCCAAGAACUAAUGCUACCAUCAUCCAUGUAUGAUCACGAAAAUCAUCAUCAUCAUCAUCAUCAAAGUCUCAUGAUGACAGCUGCUUAUAACAUGUGCAUGGAUUCCUCUAUACUAUCAGAUUCUCCAUCAUCUCCAUCCAUGCACACUGCUGCAAGCUCCAUAACAAGUGCAACCACCAACCAAUUUGACAACUCUCUUCCUCCACUCCUUGAAAAAAAUGGAUAUGAUAUAGCUUUCAGCAUGGAAAAUUUUGCUGAUUUUGUGGGUUGUGACCAAGUAGUACUCCAUGAUCAUCACUUUGUUACACCAGAAAGAAUCAUGUGUACUAGUAAUGGUAUCGUCGCCGCCUCCGCCGCCGCCACGGCCUCUAUUGCCGCAAGUAUGGGCACAAGUGAUGUCAAUUUUCCCAUGAUACAAAGGACAACAACAUUCCCUAAGAACACAAGUAUCAACCAAAUCGUUAUUAAUGACAAUGAGAGUUGGGCUGAUAUGGUCAACACUAAUGGGAAUGAAGGCAUGAUUAAUUAUGGGAAUAAUGGUAAUAGUAAUAAUAAUAAUAAUAACGGAAAAGAAGGAAACUUAAAAAUGGGAGAAUGGGAUAGUUUGGAGAGUUUGUUGGGAGAUGUCUCCUUUCCUUUCCUUGAUUUUCAAGCUUAAUCCCUUGAGACUUUCUCUCUCUAGAUAUCUAGUUAGUUCUACUUCCGGCCUUAUAGAGUAUCACUUACUACUCCCUCCUUUUCCGAAAGCUCUUCCUAUUUUGGCCGAUUUUCUCUCACAAAAAUAGUCCAAAUAGGAACAACAAAAGAAAACGUAAGGAGUAUAUGAGAGAGAAUUUUUUGCCGAAUAUAAUACCUACAAAAAGCCAAGCAGUACUCAGGGACUCCCAUCGAUCGAUCUUGUCAUCAUCCACAGAAUGUUUCUUCUUCUUUUAAGGUUGAUCUCUUGUUUUUUUCCCUCUUAAGGAUUUUGCUUAGUUAAAUUGUUCAGUAAAUAAAAUAUACACGCACAUACAUAUGGAGAGAAAGGUACAAAUAUACAAUAAGGAAUUAAUCAGGGAAGUAAAUGUGAAUAGUGAAUUGUUAAUUGUUAUAUUGGACUUGUGGACAGGAGAAGAUAUAAGUAUCAUAGCAAGAUGUAUGGAAAGAAUUCAAGCUCUUUGUAUCAUGUACAAAAAUUGGACAAUAAUAAUGUAAAUCAAGGUCUUGGAAUCUUUUUUUCUUCCAUCAAUUUGUUAAUGUUAUAACACAUAUAGAUACUCUUUCCAUCCCAAUAAAUAAAAAUAGUGAUUAAAUAA